GCGUAACUCUUAUAACUUUCUGGCUGGAGAGUAAAAAAUUUUGAGACAGGAUAAAAAAAAACCACUUAAAAUAACUUUGUAUAAGGCAAUGAAGCUUCGUUUAGGAAACCCUUUUUCUAAAUUUUUCUUGCUCGCUUAGAACGUACAGCCUCCUCUGUGAUUAGGCGCUAGUUUACUAAAUUGAAUUCUGUCUAUAUAUUUUAAGUUUUUGGCUGCUUGGUUAGCUAUAAUGAUAACCGUUUAUCUUGUUUCCCUUCCCCCGAUAAAAAGCUCCACCCUUCCCUCCUCUCCGCGCUACACCGAUCUUUGUGACCUUGCUAUAACAAUGCGCUACGGUAAGGCUUCUAAAGAAGAAUGCGGUGGAUCUAAAAGUUGCGCUUUCGUGUUGGUGCAAAUUAAUCCAAAGUACUCAGAAGAAGGCAUUGGUCACAAGAUCCAAGGUGAUAAAGUACAAAUCAAGUGCUAUUUAAGCUCAAAUAAAGUCAAUAUUAUAACUUCUUCUUGUCUUUCAGCUUCUAGAGAGAAACAAACUUGUUCAGGGUUGACCGGGCCCAGUGCGGAGAUUGAGUUUGAUGUUGGUGCUGAGGGUCCCUUCGGUGCAAACUUUACUGUAGGCUGGACUUCUGACCUCAACAAGGAGGAAGGAAUGAUGACGUGCGAAGUCACAAAGCCUAAAGAACCCUUUAAAGUUGCUAAGGCUUCAAUAGACUUCAUAAAUAUAAGUUAAUAAAUGUUAUUGGUAGAACUAUUA